GAUACAGCGGCGCGGCGAAUGUGUGCAACCUUUGCCGUCCGUCAUUCUCAUUCGUUCGUUGGUAGUGUUCGUUGUCGUUUCAGUUUCAGUUAAUCAAGAAUAAAGCCAUUGUUAGCAACUUUUGAGGGGCAUAUCGAACUGUGUGGCGUAUUUUAUUAGUUUUGUGAAGUAAACGAAAAAAAAAAAUCAAACAAAAUGUCGACAGUCGAUAAGGAAGAGCUGGUCCAGAAGGCUAAACUGGCCGAGCAGUCAGAACGUUACGAUGAUAUGGCCCAGGCCAUGAAGUCCGUCACAGAGACUGGCGUUGAGCUCUCAAAUGAGGAAAGAAAUCUGCUCUCCGUUGCCUACAAAAAUGUGGUCGGUGCCCGCAGGUCAUCGUGGCGUGUCAUCUCCUCCAUUGAGCAGAAAACCGAAGCAUCCGCUAGAAAACAGCAGCUCGCCCGUGAGUACAGAGAGCGCGUGGAGAAGGAGCUGAGGGAAAUCUGCUACGAAGUUUUGGGACUUCUGGACAAAUACCUUAUUCCAAAAGCCAGCAAUCCCGAGAGCAAGGUGUUCUACCUGAAGAUGAAGGGUGAUUACUACAGGUAUUUAGCCGAGGUUGCCACAGGAGAUGCACGCAACACCGUUGUCGAUGACUCGCAAACCGCUUACCAGGAUGCAUUUGACAUUAGCAAGGGUAAAAUGCAGCCAACACAUCCCAUCCGUUUGGGUCUGGCCCUUAACUUCUCAGUCUUCUACUAUGAGAUUUUGAACUCACCAGACAAAGCUUGCCAAUUGGCUAAACAGGCGUUCGAUAUUGCAAAAACCAAAAUGCAGCCCACACAUCCCAUCCGUUUGGGUCUGGCCCUUAACUUCUCAGUCUUCUACUAUGAGAUUUUGAACUCACCAGACAAAGCUUGCCAAUUGGCUAAACAGGCGUUCGAUAUUGCAAAAACCAAAAUGCAGCCCACACAUCCAAUCAGAUUAGGUCUUGCUCUCAACUUUUCCGUCUUCUAUUACGAAAUUAUCAAUUCACCAGCGAGGGCUUGUCACUUAGCUAAACAGGCGUUCGAUGAUGCGAUAGCCGAGCUGGACACACUGAACGAGGACUCCUACAAGGACUCGACACUCAUCAUGCAGCUGUUGAGGGACAACCUGACUCUCUGGACGUCCGACACCCAAGGCGACGAAGCUGAGCCACAGGAGGGCGGCGACAACUAACCAAACAACUAAGCAAAUGUUUCCUUUUUGACUAUGCAAAUAUUAUUCAGUAAUACAAACAAACAAAAACCAGAAACAACAAAGAGAAACAAAUAUUAUAAAACGCAACCAGCAAAGCAAAACAAUUUGAAAUGAAACGAUAAUCCAGGCGAGAGCAGCAGACAGGCAGGCAAAAAGCGCGAACAUUUGAGACAUUAACAUACGAAUUGAGGGCAGAAUGCUUCACAGUUCAUUUGGGGCCGAUGGGCCGGCAUUUUAGGCCGUUUUCCCGAUUGUCAUGGGUAGUUUUUAUCCGGGCUCCGGUUGCAAGCGAAUCCAGUAUACAGAUGGUCAAACGCUUGGACAGGACAGAUGCCGGCCAAUCCGACUCAAAUGUAGCUUAAGAUCUGCAACUGCUUAAGAAAUACAGAAAAAUACAGCAUCGCUGUGAGGGCCAAACGAAUGCGGACUAUUUGGGAGUUUGGCAUGAUUUUUCCGGAUUUUGAAUCAAAUUAAUCUAGCAGAUAAUUCGUAAUUGUGUGUGUUUUUCCCGAUCGAAACGGCCAAACUCUAGAUGCUCCGAAUUUGUUCGCCCUGGCGAUGCCUCGUGUGGAUUUCCUCCUUACAAAACAACAAAAAAACAACUAAAUAAUAUUCCUAACUGUAUACACAAGAAAUGAAAUGAGAUAAUCGGUUAUUAUACGUUUUUUGCAAGAGUCCAAAUUAAUUAUUUAAUUUUCGUAUUGCAACAGAAACAACUGCAAAAGAUACAGCAACAACAACAACCAAGCGAACCAAAUGAGAAAA